AUGAAUAUUCAAGAUCUCGACGCGGAGAGCCUCCAGCUCUUCAUAAAACUUCAAUCCGACGACUUGAACUUACUCGACAAUGGAAAAAGCAAGGCCAAUCAACCCAUGUCAGACAAUCAGUUGGCAAUGUGUGUCUACAAGGCGGAGCUUGAGAGCCUGGCAUCCUUCAGCGCGGACCAAGCCAUGUGCAGAAGUAUCUCUAACGCUGUAUCAGCGGAUGGUGCUGCGAUAGUCGCGCAUAGACGAGUUGAGCUCCAGGCCAGAAGCGAUCGGCAGCAUGCCUUGGCCUUGAGCACAAACGGACAAACCGCCACGGCAACAUCAGGACACUCUACUAGCUUGCCCAUGAAAAGACAUGGGGAGGGGAGUGCUCCUACCCCUAACAAACGUGUCCCACCGCCAAAGGGAGCCCAUUCGCCCUAUGAUUGUUUGGCUUGUUGUGAACGCAUCUACUACGAUGACCUCACGACUUCCGCCUGUGAGCACCACUACUGCAGAGCCUGCCUCGUAAACCUGUUUGAGAGCGCCCUUACGGACGAGUCGCUAUUCCCCCCAAAAUGUUGCCAUAAACAGAUUCCUUUCCUUCUGAACCAGAAAUUCUUCUCUAGGAGUCUUUGUACUUCGUUCGACGAAAAGUCCAUCGAGUUCACGACACCCAACCGAACGUAUUGUCAUAUCAAGACCUGCUCGGCAUUCAUCCCUCCUUCCUCUAUCCAAGGCGAUAAGGCUGUGUGCAGAAAGUGUAAAUUUUCGACUUGCACACACUGCAAGGGUUUAUACCACGCUGGUUUUUGUCCUCAAGAUUCGGCUACGCAGGAACUUCUUCGUAUCGCAAAGGAAAAUGGAUGGCAGAGCUGUCAGUCGUGCCACAGAAUCGUGGAGCUUUCCACCGGGUGCAAUCAUAUUACUUGUGUGUGCAAACACCAGUUCUGCUAUGUGUGUGGAGUGAAGUGGAAGAGCUGUAAAUGCCCACAUUGGGAUGAGCAGCGGCUAUUAACCCGAGCAAACAACAUUGUCAACCGGGACGCAGGCGCUGGGGCGAUGGCUCCUGCGGUGAGGGCUGCGCAGAUUGACCGAGAGAGAACAAAUUUGAUACAAAAUCAUGAGUGCUUACACGAGAGAUGGGAAUCUCGGAGGGGUGCACAUCGGUGCGAGGAGUGUCACGACCGUCUGCCAUUCUUCAUAUUUGAGUGCAGACAAUGCAACAUCAUGGCGUGUGGGCGGUGCAGAUACAACCGCCUUUGA